UUUAGAGAGCAGUUUUUCCACGCUUUCAGCGAACAGGACUGAAGGGACGUCUGUUCUGCUGCAGUGAAGCUCUGUUCCUGCAGGCUAGCUGCCAGUCAAUGUCGUACGAUAAGGCAACAGCUUUAGCAGGUUUGCUUGGCUGACUGCUCCCUGGUCUGAACUGUGUCUCUGCAAGCUGGAGGAGGGAACCGACCACUUCCUGCCGAGAGACAGCGAGGGAACCGACCCCUUCCUGCCGAGAGACAGCGACCUCUACGGGCUGGAGGUCAGACCGCAGCCAAUGGAAGGAGAGGGGGAGGUGCCAGGCCAGGGGGAGGGGCCAACAGAGCACGGAGGUAUCCACUCAUACACCUGGCAACUCAACGACGCGGGUGACACUGCCCGCCAAUCAUCCCACUGGCCACACCCCUUCAACUGCUUUGGAAGCCUGGGGAAUCCUGAUACGACCCCUGUCACUCACCAACAUCCCAUCCAAUCAGAGAGCGACCCUGAGGUCCUCCCUGUGACUCAUCUAUACACUGACCAAUUAGAGGGCUGUAAUCCCUGGGAUCACCAUGGAGAACGUCCACAGGACCUCACCCUCAUGGUAGGACACAUUGGGCGUGGGGCUGGGGGAGUGGGGGUGCAUAGGGGGUGGAGCUAUUUGCACAAGCAUAUAUUCAGGCAUUGCUUAGAUUUGUGAUUUAAUAUAAAUGCAUGUUGAUGUGUGUGCGUGUGUGUGUGUGUGUGUGUGUGUGUGUGCGUGUGCAUGUGCGCGUGCACGUGCGCGUGUGUGUGUGUGUGUCUGUGUGUGUGUGUGUGUGUGUGUGUGUCUCCAGCUCCCGGCAGGUGUGUACUCAACAGGCAGCCACUUGCCUGAAUCUCACUACACCCUCCAACGCCUCAACCCACAAGCCGACCAGGACCAAACACAACACGCACUCUACCCCAAACCCCUCUACUCCUACAGCAUCCUCAUCUUCCUGGCUCUGAGACACAGCCGGACGGGGAGUCUGCCUGUCAACGAGAUCUACAGAUUCAUGACCCAACACUUCCCCUACUUCAAGACCGCCCCGGACGGCUGGAAGAACUCCGUACGCCACAACCUGUCGCUGAACAAGUGCUUUGAGAAGGUGGAGAAGCGGAGCGGGGGCGUGGCCGGGGGCGGGGCCGGAGGCGGGGCCGGGGGCGUGGCCGGGGGCGGGGCCUCGCGGAAGGGCUGCCUCUGGGCACUGAACCCCGCCCGCGUGGAGAAGAUGAUGGAGGAGCUGCACAAGUGGCGCCGCAAAGACCCACUGACCGUGCGCAAGAGCAUGGCCCACCCAGAGGAGCUGGACUGCCUGCUCAGUGAUUGGCCAGAGAGACGAAGGCUUGGCCCCUCCCACUUUCUGAGGGGGACCCCCGGUUUCCACAGACACCCCUUUCUGCCCCCGCCCGUGUCCACAGGGCCCAGCCACGGCCUGCGGCACACCCUCCAGGGUCCCACCGUGGGCCGCCGCUCCUCCCACCCCCCCCAGUCCCCUGGGUGCUUCACUUACCACCCCCCCAACAGACUGGAGCCCCCCCUCCCUGUCCACAGCACCCCGACCUACGGCGCCGCCCUGCUGGCUGAUCCCUGUGGCUCCAGAAAUGCCCUGGAGUUGCUGAUGGAGGGGGCGCUGGGGAGUGAUGUGGACACCCUGAAACCCAGCAUCACACACCUGCCACUGCACGGUAAGCUGUGGGAGGAGGUGAGGGAUGACAGUCUGGCUAAGGACUCCCCAGCGGCUGCCACGGCCUCUUCCCCCUGCCCCCCCACGCCCAGCCCCUCCCUGCUGGAUGGGUACCGGGGCAACUGCCCCCCCCACGGCCAGCCCCUGUCUGCUGGACGGUUACCGGGGCAACUGCGCCUCCACAUGGGAGAAGGAGGAGCAGACCCUGAUGGACCUGCGUGUCACCGCGACCUUUGACCCUUCAGAGGGCGGAGCCAGCUGCUUACCUGCCUCUGGAGACACGGCCAUAGCACUGCUGUGAGAAAACUGACAGAGAGCUCUCACUUUCCCACUAUCUCCCUCUCUUUCCCUUUAUCUCCCUCUCUUCCCUCUCUCGUUCCCUCCAUCUCCCUCUCUUCCCUCUCUCUUUCCCACUAUCUCCCUCUCUCCCUCUUUCCCUCUCUCCCCUUCUCUGCCCUCUCUCUUUAAGGACCCCUAACUGACUGAAUCCCCAAACGUCAUCACGGCAUCCAAAACUGGGGGCCCUUUUUGUAUUUUUUUUAAAUAAUGUAUUAUUAUUUUCUUUUUUAUCAUUAUAUCACAAUUUUUUAAAACCAAAAACAUUAUAUUUUGGUAGCCUUGUCUGUAACGUAGAAGUGGCAGUGUAAAGUAAGCAGGGUUGUUACCAAUACAGAGGGGGUCAGUGACUGGCUGAUACAAACAGGUCUCAGAUCCAGUGGCUGCAGUAAACACAUUCACCCACUAGAUGUCAGUACAGUAUUACAUUGCAUCUGACACACCUGCAAACGGUGCCACACUUACUGUUUUUUUCUUUUUUAACACAGGAUGUCUGAUAGCAUUUACAGUUUUUUUUACAUGAUGAAGUUUCCAGUAUCAGCAGAAUUAAAAUAUCUCUACCGCUACACUGUGGAUUCUACGCUAAACAUCUGUCAGGGAGCUGACGCAAAGCUUUGCUUUUUACUCCUGAAUUUCCGGUAAUCAUUAAGGCACUUAAAGAAAAUGAUACACAGAACAAAAUAGAUUUUAUAGCCUAAUAUUUGUCAUAUUUUGUUCUUAGAAAUGCAUAAGAUAACAAUUAAAAAGAGAUUAGUCAGUCGGAUAUGUGAGAUCAGUCCAGCGCACUUGGCUAUAUGGAACCAGACUACUCAAAAACUGGACUAACGGUUGUUAACGGUUGACUCCGCCUGUUAGUUCCACUGUUUCUAUGACACCCGCAUGUUCUAUAAUAAGUGUGACAAAAAGACACCAGGCAGUUUUUUUUUCUCCAAAAAAAUCCACAUAUAUAUUUAUAUUUAUUGUUUUUCUUUCUUUC